AUGGCUUCCUGCCGGUUACCCCCACCAGUUGAUAUACCCAACUCACUAAACACCGUCGAAGUCUACAUCAUCGACACAACGAGCUUCAUGAGUGGAUUUCCCGCCUCAACCUUUGUGGAACCUCUCGUAUCAGGCUUUGAUACAAUCAACGUUGGAUCAUACUCCUUCCUCAUCAAACAUCCCGGCUCUAACACGAAAUAUGAUACCAUGGUAUUUGACCUCGGCGUGCGAAAAGAUUGGGAGAACCUCCCAGAGAUAUUUGUCGCUGGUAUUAAGGGAAGUGGGUGCAACAUUGAGGUGCAAACAGACGUCGCCUCGAUUCUGCGAGAGAAUGGACAGAGCCUAGAUGACGUUGGGGCUAUUAUUUGGUCCCAUUGGCAUUUUGAUCACGCUGGUGACCCACAGACCUUUCCAAGGGUAACGGACCUUAUUGUUGGUCCAGGGUUCAAGAGCAAUAUGAUACCUGCUUAUCCAACUGUGAAGGACUCGCAUGUCAAUGAAACAGCUUGGGAGGGUCGUGAGUUAAUAGAGAUCGACUUCAAAGGAGAAAAGGGUCUGCAAAUUGGAAAGUUUGACGCCUAUGACUUUUACGGCGAUGGAAGCUUUUAUCUCUUGAGUUCGCCAGGCCACGCGGUCGGGCACAUGUCUGCUCUGGCUCGCACAACUUCUGACCCCCCUUCCUUCAUGCUUCUGGGCGGCGACAUUGCGCAUCACUGUGGCGAGUUCAGACCAUCACCAUACACCCCCCUCCCCGAGAUGAUUUCCCCAAACCCUCUCGGCCGGACCCUCUCAGCUUGCCCGGGGAGACUCUUCCUCAACAUUCAUCCUUGGAAGGACCCAGAGAGACCAUUCUUUGACCCAACGACAGAGCCGGGAUGGCAUCUUGAAGCUGCGGAGGCAAAGGAAAGUAUUGACAAGUUGAUCGAGGCCGAUGCUUAUGAUAAUAUCUUUCCUAUCAUGGCUCAUGAUAUGACGUUGGGUGACACGGUGGAGUUGUAUCCCAAGAAGGCUAAUGACUGGAUGGCGAGAGGUUGGAAGGAGGCCACGCGGUGGGGGUUCUGUGGAGAGUUUACGCCAAUGGACGAGAUGGAUGAUAAAGUACAGAAUGAGAUUCACGAGUCGACAGAAGGUAGUUCUAAGAUCAUGUCGAUUGUGCAUGUUGAGUACAAGGAGGAGGAGAAGAAAGCAGAACUUCAUAGUCUACCGCUGUAA